CCGAACCACGCUUUCAGAAACGCGCGGCCCCUUUAAGCAUCGACAUCGACACUGAACCGCGUUUUCACUCGUGUGGUCUCGAACCGAACGGACGUCGUCGUCCUCGUCGUCAAAGCAAGCGUGUGUGUGGCGUUCAAGAAGAACGACCCCAAGAACGGCGGAAAUCCAAAGUGAACCAAGAGUGUGAUCUGUAGUUAGUGCCAAGCCAACUACUCCAUAAGUGAACAAGAAGUUUAGCGGAAAGUAGAGUGUGUACUACAAAGGAUACACCACAACAGUGUGUUGGUAGUGUUGUGGUAGUGGUUCGUGUCCAGUUCUUCUAAGCGGCAGACAACAAAGAAGCAGACGGUACGCCUGCACCACGUGCACAAAGUGCCGGAGAUUGGAAGUUCGAAGUUUAAGUUCAAAUUCAUGUGACAACACGGUUGAGUUGAGUGUUGGUUGUGUGAGUUUGUGAAGUGAAGUACGGUUAGUAACACAAAGAGGAAAAGCAUAAACGCCUGCCAGACUUGAACUUGGACAAAGGCACUAGACAAUAUCGGAGGUGAAACAAGGUUUCGCGAAAAAGAAAAACCGGAAGUGCAAAUCAUGGAAAACACAGCAGCCGUACUACUGUCGCCGCCAGCAACGCCUCCAUUGCAGGACACCAGCCAUCGGGCGGAGGAAGAGUUGAAGAUGAAUAACACCGUAAAGACGGCCUUGAAGCGCAAACUGGAAAGCGCAGGAGGGCCCGGCAGUGUCAACAGUAGUGGUGGUGGUGGUGGUGGGUGCGAGGCCAGCACAAGGCCAACACACUUUGUCACACCGAACCAGUCGGACGCGUCGGAGGAUGAGUCGGAUCUGCCACCGCGGAAGCGCCAGUACGUACGCAACCCGGACCAGCUGGAAACUCAUGCGGCCCAGCAACGGCAGCUGCAACGUCAACAGCAGCCGCAGCCGCAACAACAGCAAGAGGAGCAACAGAUGCUCGUGUCCUCCUCCUGUGCCCCUACACCGCCCCCUUCCGAGUGUUCCGGAUCCGAGGAUGAGAAUACCAAGUCCGGUUCGGAUGAGGAGCGGUCCUACUUCCAGAAUGGAACCACACCGAACCACCCACAGACCCUCGCCUCCUCGUCGCCACAGCCACCACCCGUGUCCCGUGCCAGCGUCAUCAUGCGCAUCAACAAGGACGGUUCGUGCACGAAGGCGGCCAGUACGAAUGUUGAGUCGGCGGAAGACUCGAGUGCCGCCGCCGCCACCAUGAACAUCUUCCGCAGCUACAAGUACAAAAUGGGCCCUCGGAUGUCCCCUCCACCGGCACCCAUUGCCAGCGGUUCGCCAGCACCGUCGCCCUCGUCGUCGGAGUGCAAUGACAGAAUGGAGAAGGAGGUCACCAUCAAGGAGGCGACGACAGCUUCGGUAGCAACAGUCGCCGUCGCCCAAUCAUCGCGCUCAGUAUUCGGUGGCAACGGGACAGUAAGUAAGCGGAAGAAGAAGGAAAGCAGCAGCAGCACGAUCUCGACGCCCUCGCCGGUGGCACCGAUACUCCCGAAAACGGCCACAACCUCGUCCGGAACCACUACCCUUCCUGUGAUAGCCCCGAAGAUUGCUCCGGCAUCAACCGCGCAGCUGAUAUUCGCCACACAGAAUGGGUUCUUCCUGGUGCCACCGCAAAAUCUGCUCCUCGCUGCUGCAGCUCCUCCCCAGUCGACGAUCCCCAAGGCCGCCAUCAUCAGCUCGUCCUCCGAGAACCGUAGCAGCAGCAGUGUCAAGUCAUCCCGGAGCACAUCCUUCAGCGUUGCGCUGGCAGAACGUCAGCAACAGCAACAGCAACAGCAGCAGCAGCAGCAGCAACAGUCCGUGAGCGGUGCUUCGGCCCCAGAGCCGAACAACAACAACCAGCAGUCCGGGGGUAAAGUAGAGCGUCGCCGAAUCUACGAAUGUGAUCAUCCGAACUGUGGCAAGAACUACUUCAAAUCGAGCCACCUGAAGGCCCACCAGCGAAUCCACACCGGCGAGCGGCCGUUCAACUGCAAGUGGCCCGACUGUGGCCGUCGGUUCUCGCGCUCCGACGAGCUAUCCCGCCACAAGCGGACGCACACGGGCGAGAAGAAGUUCGUCUGUCACGUCUGCGAUCGCCGGUUCAUGCGUAGCGACCAUCUGUCCAAGCACGUAAAGCGUCACAACAAGGAUGGUGGUGCCGGCGGCAGCAACAAAUCCCACUCGAACGGUGGCUCAACCGGACGUCGACGUACAGCGGCGGCGGCGGUUGCGGUUGGGGGCGCGGUCACGAUCGGAUCGGAGCAGGCGACGGCACAACAACCACAGGCGGCUGCCGUGGCGAUCCUACCGGCCGACUUCACCAUGCGUGCUCUCUAUCAUCAUCCGGCCGGUGCUUCGCCGAUCCCUCCGCCGUCGGCGAUUACGGCCCCGGUCGUUUUCCGGCCGGCGCCAUCUUCACCGCAGCAGCACCCACUUCCGCUCGUGUACCAGCGCCGUCGUAGCCCUGCAGGAGAAGAAGAGUCAGAGGAUGACAAUCAGUAAAUCCGUGGCGUCUGGGGGGGUGUAUUAUCAUAUCGUCGUCAUUCGGGUGUGAGUGUGUGUGUGUGAAUGCGUGUGGAAAAACAACCAUUCCAGUGAAAUAUUAGAACCCCUGCCACCGCAGCCCCACUCUGCUCCACCACACACACACACACACACACACACACACACACACACACACACACACACACACACACACACACACACACACACACACACACACACACUCACGCGCGCGCACGCAUUAGCUGUUUCACUUUUAUCACUCUCUCUCUUCUUCUGCUACAUAAUGCGCGCGCGCGUGUCAUCCUCUUAUUACAAUUUGUUGGGAUAGGGAUGAGACAGCAGGAAAAAUGUGGAAAAUCUGAGUGAGAAAAUGGAUUAGAAAGAGGAGAGAGAGGGAAAGAGAGACUCGAGAAAGGGUGGGUGGGUUCUGCUGUCCUCCUUCGUCUCCUCCUACUCCUCCUCCUCCUCCUUCGGGAUUAGGUUAUCGGGAGUCUGCUGGUGCGCCAUCAGCGCAGCUCGCUCCGCACGCUAUCUGUGAUCGUUUUUCUCCUAUGAAACGGAAAACUCUACAAAACAAAACAACUAGCUAUUAGCAUUCUUGUUCUCCUUGCAUCUUGGGAGGGAAAGUGAUGAAAUCUGGAGCAUUGCAGGAAGAGAAAAAGAAGAAGACUCAGAAAUGAAGACUCACCGGAGGAGAGAGAGAAAGAGCGAGCAAGAGGUUUAUGGUUCUUUAGUUUCACGGUUCUCUGUUAAGACAGAGCAGCUCCUAUGAAUUGUUUUGUUAUUUUUUCAUUACUUUAGCACCCUUGGUAAGCGAGGAAGGUUUAGGAAAAGCCAUACACCGAUCGAGCCGAUGAUCGAGCACGAUACUCGACCCUCGGUCGCUCGUUGUCGAUUCAGUUAUUUAUUUUAUUACUUUACCUAUUCGUUAGAAUAUUAUUGCCUCAGUAAGACAACGAAUGUUGGGCCUCAGAGCUCAGAUGACUGGUGUGAGAGCUAGAAAGAACCAGAAAAAAAUGGUGGGAGUAAAUGUGAACGUUUCUGGAUGCAUGUUAUUGGGAAUUGAUGGAAAGAAGUCAAAAGAACAAACAAGUAUGAAAAAAUACUUAAGAAAUACAAUAUACAUUCUCUCAAAACACAUCAAAUACGAACCUGUGUCUCUGUGUUUUAUUAUCCAGAGUGGGAAUCCCCAUAACUCACUUUGUUCUUGAAAGAAACCUAAAAUGUACGGA